AUGCCUUCGAUUGAUGCUGACACGCCACUUCCCUCAAGUGAGGGUAUCACGGAAACAAGCUCAAGUCCAGCUUCCCCAGUUAACAGGCAACGCACUCCUUCCGUUUCCAUAACUCCCCCUUCUGGCAGGACCAGGGGAGAAUCUCAUGAGCUCACGUCUGCCAUCGGCAACAUUCGGCUAUCUGACACAAAUGGACGCGCAACUCUCUCCCCGGAACCGAGGCGUUCCAGAAAUGGUACGCCCCGAAGACGGCGUUCAAGUACCGGGGCUGUUGAGCAGCAUGACGUUGCCGAUGAAGAACUCCCUGAUGAUGCAUUCCAUUCCCCCGAGUUCCAAGGAGCUUUCCGAGAUGCCAAGCAGCUGAUGUCUAACAUUCAAUCUGUGCUGGGAAGCUCGAAUAUUCACGAAGCGCACGAGUCAACAAUGGGAAAGCUCCAUGAAGAUGCUGGCAGACUUGCAGCGUUCGAGUACCCAGCAACCCGUACCGUCGGAUUCGUAGGCGACUCUGGCGUUGGCAAGAGUAGUCUGCUCAAUUCGCUCCUCGAUACAAAAGGGCUUGCAAGGACUAGCAACAAUGGAGAAGCCUGCACAUGUGUUGUGACAGAGUACCAUUAUCACAGUCGUGAUACGCUUGACAUUCGAGUCAAUUUGUUCUCGAUCGAGGAACUUCAAGAUCAACUCGGCAGACUCCUUCAAGUUUAUCGCACCUUUGAGCUUCAUCGGGAUGAGAUCACUGAUGCCGCUGAACGUCAAGACAUGGAAGCGAAUGCCAAAGUGGCCAAGGACACGUUUCAAGCCAUGUUUCGCGGUCGACUGACUGACGAAGCAUUCCUGAUUCGUGAAUCAUAUGGUGACGUGCUCGAUAGACUCACACGUUGGGCAGCUGAUGCAAGGCCUUCGCCUUUGAGAACUUGGACAGGUCUCUCGCCACAAGUCUGCUCCAAUAUUUUGAUGGCGCUCUCUUCUGAGCCGGCAUCAAGAGAUUCUCCAGCGACGUGGCCCUACAUUCGAAGCAUCAAGGUCUUUUUAAAUGCGCAUAUCCUCAGCCGAGGCUUGAUUCUUGUGGAUCUACCCGGCCUUCGAGAUCUCAACUCUGCUAGAAGAAUCAUCACUGAACGUUAUCUCCUGGAAUGCAAUGAGAUCUUCGCAAUCUGCAACAUCGGACGCGCAGCCACUGACGAAGGUGUUCAUCAAGUUUUUGACUUGGCCGACCGUGCUCGCCUGUCGAAUGUCGGCAUAGUCUGUACUCGUUCUGAUGACAUUGACCCUGAAGAGUCAAUUCGAGAUUGGCCCGGCAGAAGGGCAAGACAUAUUGAGCAGCUGUUGGAGUAUAUCGAAACGACAAACAAGGAAAUUGAAGAAUUGAAGGCAGACAUCGAAGAUUACGAGGCCGCAGACCUAUCCGAACAUGAAAGACGGGAGCUUGCAGAAUGUCGGGAAGAUCUACGACAAGCAAGCAUCCGCAAACAGAACUACGACUUUGAACUCAAAGAAUAUCUGAUCACAACCCGCAAUCGGAUCAUCAUUGACUCACUCACAAACACCUACGCCGGCAGAGUUACAGAUUCUAGAGUGUUUUGCGUGAGUAACACAAUCUACUGGCAAAACAGAACUGCAAGGAAGUCUGAGGCCGAACGAUAUCUCCACCUAAGUGGCAUUUUGCAAGUCCGAAAACACUGCAUCUCCAUUGUCGCAAACAGUCAACGACGAAUUGCCACGCAAUACAUGAAAGACCAGAUCCCUGCGUUGCUUGCUGACAUCGAGCUAUGGGUCCAAUCUGGAGCCCGUACUGCGAGUGAAGAACGUCGCGAGGCACUCUGCCAAACUCUCGACAGUGUUGAGCGUCGUCUGAGGAAGGACUUUGCAUCGCGCGCUUUUUGUCGCCUAGCAAGAGGAUACAACGAAGACUUUACAGAAUACGUUUACAACAAUCGUCACGUUUCUUCAUGGAGCCGGUCAGCCAAAAAUGCAAGCCAAGACUGGGCAGGGUGGCAUCACAGUUCUUAUUCUGCAUUUUGUCGAAACUUUGGGGACUAUUGCACACCUGCAAUCGGAUCACGAAACUGGAACGAGGAGGCUAUGGAUGAGAUGGUUAGUGAUCUUGGAGGGCCUUGGGAGGAAAUGUGUGGUUCUCUACGGGAGCGACAGUCGAGUAUGCUUGAGAAUGCCGACGAAUUCGCGGACAUGGCUAUUGAGAAACUUGUAGAAGAGCAUGAUUCUGUCGAUUCUUUGACUCAAGCUCUUGAACACCGCCAGAGUAUAUUCCUGGCUGCUAUCGAGAAGGUCAAUGAUGACUUCGAGAACAGCCUCAGGGUUCUCCGCAUCGAGUCGCUUUCUGGCCUUCGAAGUUCAAUUUUCGGAAAAGCGAUGGAACCAUUUUACAAUAAGUGCAAUGCUGAAUUUGGCCGGGGAUGUGAUGCUCGUCGAAAGGCAAUCAUCAGAGGGGCUUUGAGCGAUGAAGAUUUGUUCACCAAGCUCAUGAGAAGCCUCAAAGACAGUUUCCGGGCCAGUUCAGAGGCCACUCAGGCGAAGAUACAGGAAGCGACUGUGGAGUAUUUGCGCGUUAUUGAGGAACGGUUUGACCUCGUUCGGGGCGAGAACGUCGCCCGGGAAAGUGAGCAAGAUCCAGACUUUCGACUUCGGGUUGACCAAGUUGCCCGAGCUGGGAGGGAGACUAUGCAGAGGCAUCCCAAAAUGUCCUCUCGCACGAUGCUUCGACACGGUCUGCGCCCGCUCCGUCCUCAUGUUUUAUUCCGUCGUUAUAUCUCGACUCGAGAUAUGACGGCUACAGAUUUGAAGAAGCUGAAAGUUGAUCAAUCCCGAUUGAUGGACACUCUUCAUGAAACCUGCAAAUGGGGUACUGGGCUCAAAUGGGGAGACAACCCGACCGACAUCGGAAUGUCACGGCUGGCACUUUCGGAUUCAGACAAAACAGUCCGAGAUUGGUUUGUUGAAACUACAAAGUCUCUUGGAUGUAAAGUGACCAUUGAUUCCAUUGGAAACAUCUUUGCAAUUCGACCUGGCCGUAAAGAUGGUCCUCCAACUAUGGCUGGAAGUCAUUUGGAUACCCAACCUACUGGCGGUCGCUACGAUGGUAUCCUCGGCAUCCAAGCAGGAAUAGAGAUGCUCAAGAUUCUUCAAGACCACGAUGUUGAGACAGAGUACCCUGUCGGUGUAGUCAAUUGGACAAAUGAGGAGGGUGCCCGAUUUCCAAUCAGCAUGAUGGCUUCUGGUGUCUGGGCUGAAGCGAUCUCUGAAGAGAGGGCUCACAGCUUGAAGGAGGUAUCCGGUAACGCAACAGUCAAAUCUGAACUGAAGAGAAUUGGGUAUCUCGGUGACACACCCGCAAGCUACAAGGCCAUGCCAAUCGGGGCGCAUUUCGAACUUCACAUCGAACAGGGACCGAUUCUCGAGAGGGCUGGAAAGAAUAUUGGGGUCGUACAAGGUGUUCAGGCCUAUAAGUGGUUCACUAUCGACAUCACUGGACGAGAUGCCCACACUGGCUCAACCCCAUUCUCCGACCGAGCCGAUGCUCUUUUACUCGCUGCAAGAUUGAUCACUCACUCUCAUCGACUGGCGACAAAGCACAAGGCUCUUGCAUCGACUGGCAUUCUGAACCUCACUCCUGGAAGCACCAACACCAUUCCCGGUCACGUCAGCUUCACUCUUGACAUUCGCUCUCCAUCCGAUGAGACAGUCGAGAAGCUUGAAGAGGAGCUGCGCCGCGACUUUGAUCUGCUGGCCCAGGGAACAGACGUAGACGGAUUACUGGCCGGAUCAACUCCUGCCUUACCACUGUCUCUCAAAUGGCGAACCGACACAAUCUCAACUGCGACAAAGUUCCACCCGGAUUGUAUUCAAGCAGUCAGAGAAUCUGCCGAGUCUAUCCUUGGAAAAGAUGCUGCUAUUGACAUUUCUAGCGGCGCCGGUCACGACAGUGUCUACACAAACAAACAUUGUCCUACGACCAUGAUCUUUAUCCCAUGCAAAGGGGGAGUCAGUCAUAACCCGGAAGAGUACUCAUCUCCUGAAGAGUGCGCAAUUGGAGCAGAGGUUCUGUGUCAGGCAGUUGUCCGAUAUGAUCAGAAGAGGGUAUAA